GUUCAGUUUUGUGAGGACGGGUGGCCGGUGUGCGAUCGGGAGGCUCGGCGGAGGAUUCGUCCCUCUCGGUGUCAGGCGCGGACCUUCCCUGUUGCCUCGCCGUGGAGAGGCGCUACCCUCCUAACCUACUGAGUGGCCAAAGGAGCGCUGGAGGAAAAGGAGAAGUAACUUUACGGGACUAGAAAAGCAACCGUGAUGCUACGCUCAGUUGGUGAUCAGUGUGAAUCGUCUGCACCUGCUCUUGCUGAAGAUAUUUUAUUUAAAUCAGUGUUCCUUUGCUGCAGGCUUCCUUCUGGUUGCUUGGAGUUUCUGUGAUGCUUUCUUAAAAACUCAGUGUAGAUCGCGCAGACAAAAUGUCCUGGGUGCGGUCAGCUGUGAGCCAGCCCAAUGACGAUGUGUUUGAUGAAGAUGCAGAUGAGAUGGGCAUAGCACAGAAAGAAUGGAAAAGCACCAUGGAGAAACGAGUCAAAGAAGGCUAUAGGGAAGGAGUUGAAGCCGGGAAAGAACUGACGCUUCAGCAGGGUUUUAAUCAAGGGUAUGAAGAAGCAGUAAAGGUUAUGUUCUCCUGUGGUCAACUCAAAGGGAAUGUAAGUGCUCUUUUGUCUUGGUGUCACAACAACCGAUGCGAUUCUGCAGUGCUGAACAGAGUUACUGAUUUGCUGAAUGAAAUUAAAAAAUACGAAGAGGAUACGAUUAAGGAUCUUAACUGUACCCACCCACAACCCUCUCUUACAGACUUACUGGAUACAGUUGAGGACAUGGACCUUGGUUAUGUACAUUCACCAGAGGACCAGCCGAAUGGAGCUAGAGAACAACAAACAGGUGAAAACGGCACACAGUUUUGUGGACCUCGUUGCACAAGUAGUGGGACUGCUUCUUUCCAAAGCGAAUGUUGUCAGAGAUCGAAAGGACACGCAGCUUCUGUGAGGCCAAGCCUUCCUUGGCUGAAAGAAAGAACUGUCAGUUUAAUGGAGCAAUUAGGCUUGUCUCCAAGCCCUCUGGACCACAUCUAGGAAUUGCAAAGUUAAUUUAUGGAGAAUAAAGUGCAAUCUGUUACAGAAGCGACUUCUGAACUCCUAAGCCCAGAGAUGGAUACAUUCCAAGUUGUGCGGGAUUUCUGAAAACAAAUAUGGUUGCAAUAACCAUCGCAUACAUUGAGCCUUUAUACAAUAGAAAACCUUUGGUCUUGACUCUUGCAUGAUUUUAGUGCCUUUUGCAGGUCAGAGUUAUAUCUGCUUAGGGAACAACAUUUAUACUCUCCACUGUCAGCAUAAUUCCCAUUGUGUUUGAGCAAACGCCAGACCACUAAGGCUCUGCACCUCCAGCUAGAACUAAGCUUUAUUGAACAAAGUAGGACGGGUUUUUUUGCCACGUUUAGGGUCAGGCAAAGUGUCUAUAAUUUUCCAGAAUAAAGGUCUGUAGUAUUUGAACAAGACAGGAGAUGGAAAGUGUGUCCAUGUAUUCAUAAAUUUCAAGUUAGCCAAAGGGCAGACACUAGGGAAGGGGAGGCAUAAGGCAGGGAAGACAAGAUCACUCAUGAUCCUGGCAUAGAUAGAACAAGGCAAACCGGCACCUGUGGUGAAUUUUUUGUUGCUCAUUCUCUGAAGAACCGUUUUAAGGCUGCAGUAUUUAGUCAGUUGAAAAACUUGUGAACA